AUGCGCACUCAGCAACUUCUCGCUCUUAGCGGCCUCCUGCUGGCCAGCAAUGUCGCCAUUGCAUCCAAGUUGGACCACGACGAUGUUCCCAACCGCUGCUGGGAAGCCUGUGGCUCGGUCGUGAAUACCGCUCAGCGCUGCGACCACCAACACGACGAUGAUGACUCGGCGGAGAUCAAGUGCAUUUGCGAUUGGGAUGCGGCGAAGACCCAGGUUCCUCUCUGUGCCGCUUGCAUUGACAAGUACGACCGCGACUAUGAUAACGACGAUGACAACGAUAACGAUCGCGACGAUGACAACGAUAACGAUCGCGACGACGACUAUGAUGAUAACGAUGACAACGAGGCCCUCGACAUCGUCCGCUCGUGCAACUUUAGCACGACCACCUACAAUUCUGCUGCUGCGACCAGCACUGGGUCUACUACCACUACCAGCUCGAGGGUAUCUGCAACCAUAGCUGCCUCUUCGACGGGCAGUAGCAGUGGAAGCAGCACUGGCAGCAACACCAGUGGCAGCAGCGACAACGGUGCGACGCAGGAAGCUGCCUCUUCUACCCCCACCAAUGCUGCCGCGGGUCUGACUGCACCCGGUGCUGUGUCCAUGGCCGCCCUCGCUGGUCUGAUGCCCUUGGCGUGGCUGUAA